AUGCCUGAUUCUAUAGAAUUGACGUUUAUCAACGACAAAGAGAACAUUCGAUGGUUGAGCGCUGGAAAUGCAGCAAGGCAUCGCCACUCCAUCUUCACAGAUUUUGAACGCCGAGAUAUGAGUCUCAGAAUUGUCUCUUCUUUACCCUAUCAUAAUAUUUCCCGAGCGAUCGAUGACUUGGAAAAGUAUGAGACUGACGCCGAGUGCUUGGAGCCAUUCUCUCUUUUUCGGGGGCCGUUUGGUGCUUUUCGAUGGUCCCAACAAUCAGAUUCCGACUCUCCAUUAUCUGACUCCCCAUUGUCCAAACCCGGUGAACUAGCACAUUCUUCGGAGGAAUGGCUUGUUCAGCUUAAUGAGCUGCCAUUGAACGAAAACAUUACUUACGCAACAUUUCCUCUGGAUGUAACGGAUACAGAUUUUUUCGACGAUUUUGUGCUAGACGAGUCGCCAAUACUACCUCCUGAACACAUAGACAUGCAUUAUUGGGAGCCCACAUUACAACCAAGUCUCAGUCUUUCCCUAGAUGCAGGAAAUAUGGAAGGCUGGACCCUCCUAUCCUAUUAUAGAGACCGAAUCGUCCCAUUGAUAUCGCCGUUGCGGCAUGGACAGGAGACUCCCUGGAUGAGCCUGGUUAUCCCUUGCGCGGUCACAACACUGAGAGAGAUAGGCCUUAAUGAUAGUGCCAAUCAUGGCAGGCUAGCCCUAUUGAACGCUGUGUGGAGCACAAGCGCCUUUCAUCUGGGAAAUCACUCGACCGCGGGACUGGAGCAAUGGAAGAUAUCUGCAGAGCAAUAUUUGCAGCGUGCCCAAUACCACCUCCAACAAUGCAUGGAAAACAUCUGUAUUUCUUCCACAAAAACAAGCAAAUAUAAAGAGGUCUUGAUGGCGAUUUUGAGUCUUUCAAAUGCAUUUAUGAUCAAAGGAGACGCAAACAAACGGCGAGCCUGGCUUGUUCAAACCGAGAAAUUCAUUCGUAUUAAGGGCUUCAACCAACCGACUCUAUCAUCAAAGAGGAGAGCGCUACACCAUUGCUAUGCAUAUAUGCGGAUUAUGGCAGAGACAACUUGUAUUGCGGCGACUCUGAACAUCAAUAUGAACGCUUCAAUGGGCACCACAGGAUCCACGGAUACCGGCGAUUUUCGCAUUUACACAAAGCAGGCAUUCUCUGAGGCCACCAUGCUCAUGGACAAAGACCCAGAGAUGGCGCAACGGGAUCUGCAUCUCGCAAUACCUGGGCGUUGGACCGCGACCUUAUUCCCCUCGGUAUAUGGAGUCGAUGAAGUAUUUCUUUUGCUACUGUCGCAGGUUAUCCGUCUUGCCAAUGAGAGAGAUAUGUCUAUAAUGACCACAGAUACCAGCAAAGUAAACAUGUGUCUAAAGGAAUUCUGGACUCUGGCAAAAGGAUUGGAGAGCGCGAUCGAUCAUCUCCUGUUACCUACCACCACGAGCCCUGUCCUAGGUCAUAAUGACAGACUUUUGACGGAAAGUACAAGGACAGCUCAGGCAAUGUACACAGCGCUGUCAAUAUUCUUCCAUCGCCGAAUAUACGAGAUCGACCCAAUCAUGCUGCAAGGGAAGGUCAAUGACAUACGUGUCUGUCUGACAAGGGCUCAACAAGAGGAAGAGGGUCAGAGUGACUGUAGAAGCGCAGGACUGAUCUGGCCAGCCUUCAUCGCAGCCUGUGAAGCCGUUACACCCGAGUUACAAGCGUUCUUCGUGUCAUGGUUUGAGUGUUGUGUCCGCAAAACUGCGUUGGUUCAAGCAUCAGGAGCAAAAAAGAUAGUUGAAACAAUCUGGAAGAAGAGGAGUGAGCCCAACCAACAUGGAGAGACCUGCAGUUGGCCAGACUUUCUGCGAGAUGGCGCAAUUAAAUUUACAUGUGUAUGA